GCUUGCAGGUCUUUUCUCUGUGUUUCUCAAACUCUCAAAGUUCCUGUUAUGUUCUGGCCUUUGCAUUUGCUGUUGUCUCCACCCAGAGUGCUUUAACCGUAGACUUUUCCACUGCAGCUGCAUUUCAUCUUCCAUGGCUUAGUUCAGAGGCGCCUGCCUUGACUGACCCUGUGGUCCAGAGUAGCCUUCCUGCCGCCUCUCUACCUGGACGCUCUCUCAUCUUUUGGUUUGAGGUCUACAAAGCUGUAUACCUGCACAAGUGGUGGCUGCCGUUGAUAUAAACACUGUCGCUAACGAAGUAUACAAGUAUAAUUUUCCUCACACACAGUUACUGGCCAAGACAAUUGAAGGUAUUACACUAGAAGAGUUUGACAGAUUAUCUUUCAAUAUGAUUUUAAUGAGCCCUCCCUGUCAGCCAUUCACAAGAAUUGGCCUGCAGGGUGAUGUGACUGACCCGAGGACAAAUAGCUUCUUAUAUAUUCUAGACAUCCUCCCGAGGUUACAAAAAUUACCGAAGUAUAUACUUUUAGAAAAUGUUAAAGGUUUUGAAGUAUCUUCUACAAGAGACCUGUUAAUACAAACAAUAGGAAAUUGUGGCUUUCAGUACCAAGAAUUUCUGUUGUCUCCAACCUCUCUUGGCAUUCCAAAUUCAAGGCUACGGUAUUUCCUUAUUGCGAAGCUUCAGUCAGCGCCGUUCCCUUUUCAAGCCCCUGGUCAGGUACUGAUGGAGUUCCCCCAAACUGAAUCUGAACAUCCACAAAAACAUGCGAUAGAUGAAGGAAAAAAAACUGAAGAAAAGAAAAUUGAAGAAAAGAAAAUUGAGCCAAAUAUUUGCUUUGAUAGCAGCACACAACGUUCUGGAAAAGAGGCCAUUCUUUUUAAGCUUGAAACUGCAGGAGAAAUUGACAGGAAACGUCAACAGGACAGUGAUCUCUCUGUGCGAAUGCUAAGAGAUUUUCUUGAAGAUGACAUUGACAUGAAUUCAUACUUUUUACCACCAAAGUCAUUGCUGCGAUAUGCUCUUUUGUUAGACAUUGUUAAGCCCACAUCCAGAAGAUCCACAUGCUUUACGAAAGGUUAUGGACGCUACAUAGAAGGGACAGGAUCUGUGUUGCAGACGACAGAGGAUGUGCAGAUUGAGAAUAUCUACAAAUCCCUUACCAAUUUGUCACAAGAAGAAAAGCUAACAAGAUUGUUAAUGCUUCAGCUUCGAUUUUUCACUCCUAAAGAAAUAGCAAAUCUCCUUGGAUUUCCUCCAGAGUUCGGAUUUCCUGAGAAGACAACUGUCAAACAGCGUUAUCGUCUACUUGGAAAUAGUCUCAAUGUACAUGUAGUAGCUCAACUAAUCAAAAUCCUAUGUGAAUAAUUUUUAAGUAACUCUGAAAGAUGGUGGCAGUAUUCCAUUAUAUCCAGAUGACAAUACUGAAAUUCUUUUUUGAAUUAAUUUUGAGAAAAUUCAACUAAAUUAUCUUAUCCUCUCGUUAAUAAGAAUUUGAAUUUAUCAGGAAAAUGCUGUUUUGUUUCCUUAAGUUUAUAUUACUGUGUUUUAUAAGGUGAAAAUUAUUAUUAUGCUUUAGGAGAAUAUCUUUUUAUAUGAAAUUGUUAAAUAUAUAUGUAAAAUAUUCCCUUUAUAAUAUUAUGGUAUAGACAAAUUUAGGAAUAUUAGAAUUUUAAUGUCUACAUGAAUAUUUUGUAAAGUGUCAUAGCAGGUGUACUAUAUGAACUUGAGAAACUGUAUAUUGUGUAUGUUAAUUAAAGAAGUUGCUUUAUGAAUCUAUCAUUUUACUUUUUAAAAAUAAUUCUUCCUAUUUCUAAAAUGAUGAUUCUAAUUCUACCCUGUUUAAAAUAUUGAAUGUUUUACUUAAUUUCAAUUUUUUAAACAUUCCUU